AUGGAAGAGCCUCAAGACUUACCCGAACAACCAGUGAAAAAAGCCAAGAUGCAGGAAUCCAGAGAACAAAGCUUGAGUCAUGUGAGCAACGCAGAAGUCAGCGAUGAGAAACCUGAAUCUUCAAGCCUUGGUUCAAACCUUCCCAUGUCCAAUGAGAUUAUGACAUGCACUGAUUAUAUCCCAAGGUCAUCAAAUGAUUAUACCUCACAAAUGUAUUCUGCAAAGCCAUAUGCACAUAUCCUUUCUGUACCUGUAUCGGAAACCAUGAGCCCUUACCCUGGUCAGCCUCAGUACCAAGCACUACAGCAGUCUCAGCCCUACACCAUCUACCCCCAGACCACUCAAACCUACGGACUACCUCCUUUUGGUGCACUGUGGCCAGGUAUGAAACCUGAAAGUGGUUUAAUUCAGACUGCAUCUACAAGUCAGCACAGUGUUCUUACCUGCACUACAGGGUUAACCACAAGCCAGCCCAGCCCAGCACAUUAUUCUUAUUCCAUUGAAGCAUCAACUACCAAUGCCAGUCCAGUCUCUACAUCCUCAACUGUUGUCAAUAUUUCCACGUCAGCAGUAGCCAGCAUCUCGCAGGACUAUCCCACGUACACAAUCCUCGGCCAGAGUCAGUACCAGACGUGUUACCCAAGUUCUGGUUUUGGAGUGGUGACCCCAGCAGAGAGCAACACGGAGAGCACUGCGUUAGCCCCAGCCGCGUACCCAGCCGAGAAGCCGAGCACCGUGGUGCCUGCGCGGGCGGUGCAGAGACAUUCCUCUGGAGAUGCAUCCACAAGUCCUUCAUUAUCAAGAGCAACAGCAAGUAAAGAGUUAGAUGAGCAGGCAAGAAAAAACAUCCCUGGGAAGAACAGGGGAAAGAGGAAAGCAGAUACCUCCUCCUCACAGGACAGUGAACUGGAGCGAGUGUUUCUCUGGGACCUGGAUGAGACCAUCAUAAUCUUCCAUUCGCUUCUCACAGGGUCUUAUGCUCAAAAAUAUGGCAAGGACCCAACUAUAGUGAUUGGCUCAGGUCUGUCAAUGGAAGAGAUGAUUUUUGAAGUAGCUGAUACCCACUUGUUUUUCAAUGACUUGGAGGAGUGUGACCAGGUACACAUAGAAGAUGUGGCAUCUGAUGACAAUGGCCAGGAUUUAAGCAACUACAAUUUCUCCACGGAUGGCUUCAGUGGCUCAGGAAGUAACACAAACCACAGCUCCUCAGUUGGUGUCCAGGGUGGAGUGGACUGGAUGAGAAAACUGGCCUUCCGCUACCGCAGGGUACGAGAGGUCUACGACAAGUACAAGACCAACGUUGGAGGCCUUCUGAGCCCACAGAAGAGGGAAGCUCUGCAGCGACUAAGGACUGAUAUAGAAGUGCUAACAGAUUCCUGGCUGGAAACUGCAUUAAAGUCCCUGUUGCUCAUACAGUCCAGGAAAAACUGUGAGAACAUCCUGAUCACAACCACCCAGCUGGUGCCAGCUCUUGCCAAAGUUCUCCUCUAUGGAUUGGGCGAGGUGUUUCCCAUUGAAAAUAUUUAUAGUGCUACAAAAAUAGGUAAAGAGAGCUGCUUUGAGAGGAUCGUGUCACGAUUUGGCAAGAAAGUCACCUAUGUGGUGAUUGGAGAUGGGCGAGACGAGGAGGUGGCAGCUAAACAGCACAACAUGCCUUUCUGGAGGAUCACAAACCACGCAGACCUCGUGUCCCUUCACCAAGCCCUCGAGCUAGACUUCCUGUAG